GGCAGUGACCUGGCAGCCUCGCGAAGAUGCCUCUUCACGACGCGAGAGCUGCGGCUCUCCUCGCUUGGGUGAACAGCACGAAAGUUUGUACCGAUCCCCUCGAUGAGCUGUCGCAGCUCCAGGAUUGUGGCAUCUUCAUCAGGAUCAUCCACAAAAUCCACAGGAGCGAGGAGGGGGAGUCCGUGCUGGAGCAGCCGCUGCCGGAGAGGAUCAACUUCAUCUGCGGCUUCCUGCAGAGUAAGAGCCUCCGCCGGCGCCGGGGGAAGUGGCUCCCCCUGCUCGGUGCCCCCCACCCCUGCGGCCGCGGGCUUCCCGUUGAGCUGGCGUCGAUCCUCAAAUUUGUGCUGGACAACGAGGAGAGCCUGAACGAGAAUCUGGAGACAUUUCUGCAAAGGAAAGCGCCGCCGUCCUCGUCCGGCAGCAGCUCCGAGGAGCACUCCCCGCUGCUCUCCCUCCCGCACAAGCGAGAGGUGCGUUUCCUGGAGCUGCAGAAGAUUGCCUCCUCCUCUUCUGGUGCCAACAACGCGCUCCCCGGCCCUCCGUCCUCACCCAUGGGGGAUGUCAUGCAGACCCCCCAGUUCCAGCUGCGACGCCUGAAGAAGCAGUUGGCUGCUGAGCGAGAAAACCGGGAUGAGCUGGAGGUGGAGCUGGCAGAGAAUCGUAAACUCAUCACAGAGAAGGAGGCUCAGAUCACCAUGAUGCAGCAGCGGAUUGACCGCUUGGCUCUGCUGAACGAGAAGCAAGCAGCAGAUGAGCUGGAGCCCAAGGAAAUGGAGGAGCUGCGGGAGAAGAACGAGAGCCUGAUGGUGCGUUUGCACGAGGCCCUCAAGCAGUGCCAGGACCUGAAGACUGAAAAAGGUCAGAUGGACCGAAAAAUCAACCAGCUCUCCGAGGAGAACGGGGAUCUCUCCUUCAAGCUGCGGGAGAUUGCCAGCCACUUGGUCCAGCUGCAGGAAGCCCUGAACGAGCUCUCGGAGGAGCACAACGCGGCCCUGGCGCAGUCACAGGAGAAGCAGGGGCAGCUGGAGAGCGAGCUGCGCACUGCCCUGCAGGAGAAGAAAUGCUCGGAAGAGAAGGUUGAGAUUCUCCAGGGGAAGAUUUCUCUGCUGGAGGACCAGCUGGCCAAAUUGGGGGACUGCAGUGCCCAGGAGAAGGGAGAAGUUAUGGGGGACAUCCUGCAGCUGGAAGAGAUGAAGCAGGAGGUGUCCAGCCUCGCCGCUAAAGGGGCCGAGCUCCAGGCCACCGUCCUGCGCCUGGAGGAGGAGAAGCAGCAUCGGGAAGCGGCUCUGCAGUCUGAACGUGGGCGCUUCGAGGAGGAGAAGCAGCAGCUGGGCGGCCUCGUCGCCAGCCUCCAGAGCUCCCUUGCCGAGAGCCACCGGGCCAGGGAAAAGCUGGAACAGGAUCUGCAAGUGCGAGAAGCCAGCGAGUCUCAGAGCACCCAGCGACUGGCUGCCCUCAAUGCUCAGCAUGAGGAGACGCUGCAGGAGCGUGAUUCUGCCCUGCAGCAGCUCCAGCAGCUGCGAGAGGCCAGCGCGUCCCUGAGUGGCCAGCUGCAGGCUGUGACACAGGCCCAAGCCGCUAGCCAGGCCGCCUCAGCAGCGGAGAAAGCCGAGCUUAGCCGUAAAGUCGGCGAGCUGGAAGCCAGAAUCUUGGAGCUCAGCACCCAGCGGCAGCAGGGAGCGGCGGAGGGGCUGAAGGCUCAGCUGCGGGAGCUGGAAGGCAGGCUGAAGGAAAACCAACAGAGGCUGGCCGAGAGGGAGAGGCUGGCCCGGGAAAACACGCGCUUGCAGGAGCGGCUGCUCUUCCUGGAGGAAUCCCUGCGGAACACUGAGGGCAUCCUGGAGGAUGAGAAGAGGCGAGCGGCUGAGAGCCUGGAGGGCAGCCUGGCCAGGAUCGCCGAGCUGGAAGCGGAGAGGCAGCGGCUGACGCAGGGCGGGGAGCUGGCUCCGCAGGAGGUGACCAAAAGCCGGGCGCUGGAGGAGAGCCGGGAGACGGCGCCGGGAGCCUCCCCCACUGCCCGAGGGGAGGCCGGAGAGUGCGGGCGGCUGGAGGAGGAGAUGCGAGCGCUGAGCCGGGAGCACGGCCGGGCCUGCCAGCGGCUGCAGGCUGAGCAGGAGAAGGUGGCCGCGCUGGAGGCCCAGGCAGAGCGCCUGGCCACUGAGCAGAAGGAGAAGCUAGCCACCCUCCAGGCCGAGCUGUCCAGUGCCCAGGCGUGGGUGAAGGAGAAGGAGGGUGAGGAGCAGAAGCUGAGGGCCGAAGUCUCCUCCCUGUGGGAGAAGAUGGCCACCGCGGAGCAAACCGCUGCCCAGCGCAUCGCCGGGCUGGAGGCAGACGCCCGGAGAGCCGCCGAGGCGCUGGAGGGGAUCUCCCAGCAGCUUUCCCAGGAGAAGCUCAAAUCCAAGGAGCUGGAAGUCACCGUGGAGCGGCUGCGGAGCGUGGAAGCCGAGCUCUCCCGGGUGGCCGCCGCCAGCGGGCAGCGGGAGCGGGAGCUGGAGGCGGAGGUGAAGAAGCUCUCCGGGGAGCUGAGCCUGCUGCGCGCCAGGCUGGAGGAGACGCUGCAGGAGCACCAGCGGGACCUGGUGGGACAGGAGGAGGAAGCUGAACGCUUGCGGCAGGAGGUGGAACGGGGAAAGGCGGAUUGCAGCGCCGAGCGAGCCCGUAAGGCUGAGCUGGAGGCGCAGCUGCAAAAUUCCCUCAACGAGCAGAGAGUGGAGAGGUCGGUGCAUCAGGAGGAGCUGGCCCGGGCCCGGGAGCUGCUGGAGGAGAAGCAGCAGGAGCUGGAAGAGCUCCGCCGGAAAAACGUCUCGCGGGGUGAGGAGCUGAGGGACCUGCAGAAGACAGUCAGCAAGUUGAAAGGAGAACUUGCCUUGGCGGCGGCGGCCAAGGAGCCGCAGGGCUUCUCGGAGGCCGCCCGGAGCAGGGAUGUGGACAGGGACGGCGUCAAGGCCACCUGCUCAAAGGAGACGUCCCUUCAAAGCUUGGAGGAGAAGACCCGUCCCAGGGAGCAGGAAUCCAGCUCGAGCCAAGAGCUCUACCAGGAGAAGCUGAAGGAGACACAGGCGCUUCGUUCGCAAGUGGAGGAGCUGGAGCAGAAGUGCAGGGAGCAGCGGGAGGCCGCGGCUGCUCUGGAGCGAGCGGCGGCCGAGGCAGCAGCGGCAGAGCGAGCGGAGCUGGAGGCCUCGAGGCGGGAAGUGGCACAGCAGAAGGAGAAAGCGUUAGAGCUGCAGAAGCUGCUGGAGGCCUCGAGGUCGGCGCAGGCUCUGCAUGACGGCACCAUGGAGGCCCUGCGGAAGGAGCUGCAGGAGAAGGGCAGGGAGCUGAUACAGAGCAAAACCGCCGCUGCCGCGGCCGAGAAGGAGCUGGCGACCCUCCGCUCUGCGGCGCAGGAGAAGAGCCGGUCGGAGGAGAGCUGGAAGGAGCAAGUGUCGCAGUGUGUCCAGGAGCUGGAGAGGAAGAACAGCCUGAUCGGCAGCCUGGAGCACGAGGUGAACAUCCUCCAUCGGCAGGUGACGGAGAAGGAGGGGGAGAGCAAGGAGCUGAAGCGCCUGAUCAUCGCAGAGUCGGAGAAGAGCAAGAAGCUGGAGGAGAGGCUGCGGGUGCUGCAGACAGAGAUGGCCACCGCUGCCUCGCGGGCAGCCGAGCGCUGCUCGCUGAUGAAGGUGGAGGUGCAGCAGUGCCAAGAGGAGAUAGAGAAGCAGCGCUUGACCAUCGAGGCCCUGAAACGGGACCGUCACUGCCAGAACGAGCGUGAGGAUGAGCUGCGGCAGGAGGUAAAGGUCUGCCAGGACAAGUGCCUCCAGAAAGAGCAGCUCCUCGCCGCCCUGCAGCAGGAGCUUGGCAGCGCCCAGGCGCUCGCUGGGGAGCUGCCGGCAUUGAAGCACCUUUGCCAGCAGCUGCAGGCCGAGCGCGCCUCGCUGGAGAGCCAGCACCGCCAGGACCUGGAGCAGAGGGCGAAAACCGUGGCUGCUCUGCAAGCGGAGCUGGCACGGGCCAAGCUGGAGGCGGCCGAGGUACCGUCUCUGCGGGAGCGCUCGGCAGAGCAGGACCGGGCCGUGCAGCGCCUACAGGCGGAAGCAGCGGAGACGGCGGCGCGGCUGGCGGGCUUGCAGCAGGCAAACGCUCGGCUGGCCGAGGAGAACCGGGGGCUCGGGGAGAGCCGGAGUCGUGGGCAGCAGCGGCUCGAGGCCGAGCUGGGGCAGGCCAGAGAGCGGCACGUGCGGGAGCUGGAGCGGCUGCGCUCGGCGUCGGAGGAGCUGGUGGCCAGCAGCCGGCAGAAGGCCGAGGAGGCAGCGCGGAAGCUGGAGGCACUGAGUAACGAGUAUGAGAGCAGCAAAAUGGCGGCACUGGAGGAGAGGAAGAAGAUGCUGGAGGAGAGGCAGAGGCUGACGGCUCAGGUGGAGCAGCUCGAGGCGUUUCGGAAGGACCAAGCCAAGCAGGUGGAGGAGCUGAAUAAAAAGCUGACGCAGCAUGAGAAGGCCGCCCGCACCCAGCAGCAGAGGCUUAAGGUGCUGGAAGGGGAGCUGCAGGCAGAAGCCACCCGUCAGCAGGAGAAGGUUGCGGAGCUGCAGGCGCAGCUCGCCCAGAAGGAGCAGGCAGCUGAGCACUACAAAGGCCAAAUGGAGAAGGCAAAAACUCACUACGAUGCAAAAAAACAGCAGAACCAAGACCUAGCAGAGAAGCUGAAGGCCAUGGAGCAGCUGCAGAAGGAGAACACGGAGCUGCGGGCCGAGUCGGAGAGGUUGGCCAGGGAGCUGCAGCAGAGCGUCCUGCAGGCCAAGGAGUCGGAGCUGAGCUGCAGGAACCUCAGCGGCCAGGUCCGCAGCCUGGAGGCGCAGGUGGAGUUUGCCAAUCGGCAGCUACGGGAGCUCGGCAAGUUCCAAGUGGCCACGGACACGCUGAAGGGCCGCGAGACGUUCCGCCAGAACCCCUCCGACCUCAGCACCGACAGCCUUGACCUCAGCCUGGACGAAGCACAGCCGCUCAACUCCACCAGGUACCGGCGUGACGCCGCACGGCCAGCAAGGAGGGGGACAUGCCCCAAGGACGACCACCCCAGCCAGGACACGGCCUGCUGCCAGCAGCAAGGGGGAAACGGGAUCCCUGCGGGCAUGGGGAGCUCCCAGCAGCUGAGGGUUCACCCCAGCCUUCCCCAGCUCUGGCUCACCUGGCACUGCGGGGCCUCCCGGAUCCUCGACCGGCAGCUCCGUGUCACCGCCCGGGGUGGCUGUGCCGGUUUUGGGUCUCGACGCCCGGCUCCGUGCCGCCGACAGCACCAUGCGGGCCGGGCGGCUGAGACGAGCUGGGCUCUGGGCACCCGGCUCCAGCUGCUGCAGGUGGCACUUGAGCUGCUCCUCCUCCCUCGAGCUCCUGCAGACACAGAGGAACUGUCAAACAUCUCCCCAAAACCGGGGCUCCAGGCACCUGGGGGCUUGGAGGCGACACCCCAAACCUGGCUGCGCACGGAGGGGACCAGGCCCGGCUACUUACGAGGGAGAUUUGGGAAAGAAGGUCCGGCAAAUGGCAGGGCUGGAGUGCCAGGGGCUGUCCACGGGCUCAGCAUCCUCCUGGGGGACAAGGGAAGCGCCUCAGGGAAUGGAGACCGGUGCUCUGUGCCCCCCACCCCGGGCACAGCCGCUGGUUCAGCCGGGGAGGAGCCUCCAGGCCUCACCAUGGGGCACGAGGAGGCGGCGAGAGGCACCUACCAGGCCUUGCUGGGGGGGCUGGGGCUGCUGGGCGUCCAGCGGCGUGCGCACACGGAUGAAGGACAGCCCGAACUGGCUGUGCUUGCUGAAGGGCUGGCUGCAGGUGAGCCGCAGGCGCUCUGGAUUUCCCCCUCCCAGAAACGAACCAAGACGGAGGAACCGGACAGCGCCGAUGUCUCCUUCUGCAGCGUCCCGGGGGCUCAACCCCCCAGCGCCGCCCCCGGGAAGAGCCGCCUGCGCUCGGCUGCCUCCGCCCGCUCCCUCACCAGCCUCCCCUCCCGGGAAUCCCUCGAGCAGCUGGAAACCUCCUCCCCGCAGGAGACCCCCGGCAAUUCUGCGCUGCUGGGCCUCCCCGGCUACCGCCCGGUCACCCGCAGCUCCCUGAGGCUUUUGCAGGGGAGCAGCAGCUCCAGCCUCGGCCGGAGCAGUGUCUAUCUGGGCACGUGCCAGGAUGAACCAGAGCAACUGGACGACUGGAACCGCAUCGCGGAGCUGCAGCAGCGGAACCGAGUCUGUCCCCCCCACCUGAAGACCUGUUACCCCCUGGAGAGCAGGCCCUCCAACUCGCUGGGGACCAUCACGGACGAGGAGAUGAAGACGGGGGACCCAAAGGAGACGCUGCGGCGGGCCAGCAUGCAGCCCUCGCAGCUUGCCACCGCCACCCGCCGCAGCACCCUGGCCACGGUCUGGCCCGGCGGCAUCACCACCCGCCAGCAACGCAAACGCCUCUCAGACGAGUCCCACCAGGGCCCCGACACCCCUGAGUCUAAGAAGCCGACCAGCUGCUUCCCACGCCCCCAGACCCCCCGGGAGCGGCGCAGCUCCCAGGGCAGCCGCAGGAGCGAGCAGCAGCCCCCCCCCAGCAAGCAGGCCGAGAGGCGCCAGUCGAUGGCGUUCAGCAUCCUCAACACCCCCAAAAAACUGGGGAACAGCCUCCUGCGCCGGGCGGCUGGGCGGAAAACCACCCCCAAGAGGAACUCCCCCCGCGGCAGCACCCGCCGUUCACCCCGCAUCGCCACCGCCAAGUCUCCCAAGGGCAAGGCCAGUCGCCGACCGCUCAAGGACACGAAAUUCUGAGGGUGCCUGAGCUGUGCUGCUGCUCCCCAUCCCGGAGGGAGUGACCCCCCGUACCCCCCCCAGCUCUGCACCCCUCUAGCCUCUCCCUACCCCC